AUGAACCAAUCACCUAAUCUAGAAUCUCUUAAGCUGGACCUUGAUAGUAUGUUGAACACAGAAAACAACCCUUUCCGUCCACCAGCAUUUAUGCCUACUUGUUUGUCUUUACACAUUAGGAUAAUCUCCAUGAAGGGGUUCCAAGGAAAACGUGAUGAGAUGGAUGCGACUAAGUAUUUAUUGAAGUUUAGUUUGGUUAUAAAUAAAAUGACUGUUUCUACUGCUACUGCUGCUGGUGUUGUCACUCCUUCCCUCCUGAAAUAG